CAAAGCACUCUGCUGCCGCAAGGUGCCCCGGGCUUUCUGUGCUGCUUGUUUUCUCUCCAAGAUUGCUUUUAAUCCAGAUUAGCAUCGAGAUCCAUCCUGCAGCACUGCUCUGAAGUGGUAAUCAGGAGGCAGAAGGGAUUAAUGUCUGCCGUAAGAGCUGGCAGAAGCUCUGGCAGCGUGGGCACAGAGCAAUGCCUCCUGCGAUGAGUCAGUGCGAGGCGCAGUGAUUCUGCAUUGUCCCACAUUCAAGUGGCACAGCAGUGAGAAGCAGGCAGCGUUCCUUUAGCUCCCGACCCAACAAAUCCAUGCCCAGCUUGGACCUGCAACUGCAGCAUUGUCAUCAAUUAGGAGGAAAUUCGACCGUGCCAGCUUCGGAGGCAGGCUGUAACCAGCCAGGAGCUGAGGGAAAAGCAAACUGCACCAACCACUGAGACCUCUGCCCUUUCUGAGCUGGCACAGGAAAGUCCUUCAUUUCUUUGACAGCUGAGCUGAGAAAACAAACCACCACUUCCAUCGUAUUUCCAAACAGUUGGUGGAAUGGAAGAGGAUCAGCUCUGAUAUAAAACAGUCCUACAGCUGAAGCUUGAAAAAUGGUGUUUGGUAUUUCGAGAAACAAGCUGGGACACUGGUGUCACCUCUUUCAUUGCCUUUAUCCCCUAGAGAUGUACAAAGCCAGAGCCUGCUCAUUGCUCCUCAGUCCAUCAAGGACAUUGGAUGUACAAUGCAAUUCUUCUUGCAUCCGUCUGAUUUUGUUUUCUGUGAUAAUGAAGUUUAAUGAGUGCUUUGUCCUAAAACUCAUUCACCUUUCCCUGGGCCAAAGGGAAAUUCUUCAAGUGACAGAAAGGAAGGACACAAAGCUGGGGCCCAGCAGCAGCAGUGCCAGCACUGGGCAGGGACCAGCAAGCGCUGCUGUGGAUACAUGCACGUGAUGCCCUUGCUCUGUUGUUGCUACAUCCUGAUGGAUUGUGCCGGAUUUUACUCCCACAGAUCUCUCACUGAUGUGUAUCACACAGGCUGUUUUGGCUGAGGACUGAGCGGGAGGCAUAAGUGUCCAGCUCCCAGCCUUUCCAGCACAGGGAAGAGAUUCAAAGCCCUCCCUCAGUGUCUGACUGUUGUGCAGGACUCACCCCAGGUCUAUGCAAAGCAGAUCUGUACCUUUUGCACUUGCUCACACCCUGUCCUACAUCUGCAGUAGGUUUUUCACGUGGGGCUCUAUUUGGUGCCAUGCCUGUGCAGCAGCUGUGCUCUGUGCCAACACAUGCUCUUGAGCACAGGGUCUGCAUGCCCCAAGCAUGGUGAUUUGUGUUGUGAGUGGUGCAGAGCAGCCAAGCAGGGCUGCAGUUUCUUGUGCUGCAUCAAAAGAGGGACAUGCAUUGGCUUUUGCUAGACCCAUUACUCCAGGGAAGAGCUAGCUAGGCUGCUGAGAUCUGUCCCCUCAUUCUGCUCUCUUAUCUCUCCUGUGAGGUUUCUGCUGGCUUUCCCACUUCCUCAUAUUGUAUUCCUGGAAAAGGGAGGGUGGGAGUGGAAUGCUGCAUCAGACCUUUCUCCGGCACUGUGCAUGAGGUAGCGGGCAAGCUGCAGUCCUGGUUUGUAGUGCUGCAUACAGAACAUUUCUGUUCACUUAGAGCAAGCCCGUGCUGCCUGCACCACUGCCAACCAACGCGUCAGCAAGGACUGGACCUGCCCAGAGGAGCUUCUGCCUGGGAAAUCAGGUUUUAUAGUGUCGCUAUGUUGGAGCAGAUCCAUCUGCUGGCUGCCGUGACGGUUCUUGGGGUCCUGGAACAAGCCUACUUCUUCCUCCAGGUGAUCCACGCCAGGCGCACGUUUGGCAUUUCUCCUCCCAACAUCUCAGGCCCUCCUGAAUUUGAGCGGAUCUUUCGAGCACAAGUGAACUCCUCAGAGUAUUUUCCCAUUUUUGUGGCACUCCUGUGGCAGGCUGGACUCUUCUUCCACCAAGGUCUGGCUGCAGCCCUGGGCCUGCUCUAUCUCUACUCCCGCUAUUGCUACUUUAUGGGAUACAGAGCAUCAUCCUCAGACAGGCUCGCCCCCAUCUACUUCAGCACUGGCGUUCUCUGGGUGCUCGUUGCAGCAGCAGCCCUGGGCCUCCUGCAUUUCUUCCUCUCUCACUACGUGGGGCUGAAUGUCCUCCGGCUGCUCGCAGCAUGAUGCUCCUGGCCGUCAUCGGCAUCACCACUUUGUAUCUGCCCCCAGCUGCAAGCCCACCUCACUGAGCUUCAAGCACCUGCAGAGCUGGCAGGGCCACGGGGCAAAAAUGAAGGCGUUUUCCCCACUUGCUCUUUGUGCCCAGCACACCAUGCCUAGCAGCAUUGUAUGGCGGAUGGCUGAACCUUCUCUAAAGCAAGGAGAAUUUUUAGAAAACAGGACAUGGAGAAGUAAGCUCUUCUCAGCCCCUGCAUCCAGCCCAGGCACCUCUGUGGGGUCAGCACAGCCUCCCACGGUGCACACCCAGCAAGGCAAUUUCUGAGGAAGCACCCACGGGCCAGGGCAGGGCAGAGGCGAGGAGCAACCAGGAGCAGCCCCCAGCACACUGCUGGCUGCUGGCUGCGCCAGUGCUGCUGUGCACAGUGUGCACAGGAGCCGCUGCCAAUAAAAGGACGCUGAGCUUGCUGAGCUGUG